UUCUUGUCUAGGUCCAAGUAAAAUUAUAAUCACAUCGGUUUCUUGAUCACCGAUUUAGGUUUUCCAUAUAAAAGCAGAUGUUUCCUUUUAUUAAAAAAAAUGCUUGUACAAUCAAAACGAUAGUAUCACACCACCAAAUAAGCCACGCUGGUAUCCCCUUAUAGAUACAAAACAAUACGACUACAAUUUAGAAUAUUUGAAUCAAUCUUUUAGUUAACUAUGAAUAUACUUUGGUUCAUAGUAAUAGUUUGGCGAUACCUAUUACAAGCAGAUAUAACCAUCGCCAACCCGCAUUAUGAUGAUUUUUACACUCUACCAGAAGGGUUUGAUGAUGCAAAACCAGGUGACAUUUUGAAAUAUAGAGAAGUACCCCCAAAACUCGCCAGUCUUUUCUUUCCAGUUGAAGUUAAGAAAGUAUGGCAAUUAGUUAUCUGUUCUCAAGACACGUUUGGAAACCCAACUGCAUUUCUAUCAACAAUAAUUGAACCAUAUAAUGCCGAUCCAUCGAAAGUUGUCUCAUAUCAAACGUUUGAAGAUUCAGCCAAUUUAACAUGUUCACCUUCCUUUGGUAUUAGAUAUGGUGCACCUCCAGAUACAUUCACCACACAAAUGGAAAUGACAUUUAUUGUUCUUGCACUUAAGCAUGGUUAUUUUGUUAAUAGUCCAGAUUAUGAAGGAUUCAACUCGGCAUUUAUGGUUGGGCGCAGAUCGGGACAAGCCACUCUUGAUUCAAUAAGGGCGACUUUAAGGUCUGAAAAUAUCACUGGAAUUAAACCCGAUGCUAAGGUUGCACUCUGGGGUUAUUCUGCAGGAGCAGUUGUAACAGCAUGGGCCUCGGUUCUUCAACCAAGUUAUGCCCCGGAUUUGAAACCUCACUUGGUUGGUGCAGCAAUUGGAGGAUUUGCUCCUGAUUUUAUAAGCAUGGCAAAGACUUUAGAUGGAACGUUUUUAUCAGGUUUAAUCCCUGCUGCAUUGUAUGGAAUAGCCAACGAGUACCCCGUGGUCCAUGACAUAAUAGACCAACACGCUAAUCCUAAAUUAAUGUCAGAGUUACGUCUUGGAAAUACUCUUUGUGCUACUCCAGCAGCUCUCUAUUAUAUGGCAGGAAAUUUCAUGAAAGGAAACGAACCAUUUUUCCUCCAGGGAGAUGCAUUCUUGGAACAUGAAGUCAUAAAAGAAAUCCUUGAAGACAAUUCAAUCAAUAGAUUUCAAACAAUUCCCGAGAUUCCAAUGUUUUUAUAUAAUGGACAGUUGGAUCAAGUAAUUCCUAUUGAGGAUGUUCGAGGAAUUUACUCUUAUUGGUGUGAUAAGGGAAUUGAAUCAUUGGAAUAUGCUGAGGAUAUGUUGAAUGGACAUUUUUCAGGAAUAUUAUUUAGUGCACCUGCAGCUUGGACUUGGUUAGAAAAUAGAUUCCAAGGCAAGGAACCAGUAAAAGGAUGUUCUAGAACUGUUAGAUAUUUUAAUUUGUUUUAUCCUAAUUCCAGUUAUGCAACCAAAUCAUAUAUGGGAGGUCUAGUCGAUUUAUUAAUGCAAAACAAGAUAGGUCCUGAUUUCAAUAAUUCCUCUCCAAGAUUGACUGAUAUUCUUAAAAAUAAACUUUCUGGUUAUAUUUAUAAUUUAUAGAAUGAAUAAAUGUUAAAAUGAUAGUAUUU